UCUCCAAAUAUUAAUCACAGGAAUAGUGAACCCAACCCUGGUGGAUGUAGACAUUAAAACAGAUCCUGUUUCUGAUUUAGACUGAAAGUCACAGGAAAUCAUACAGCUUGCUCAGAUUAAUGAAGUAACUACUUGCAUCAAAUACUAUCUACGGAAUUCACCACAUGGCAGUCUUGCUUCUCUUAUCUAACAGGAUGUCAAGUCUGCAACACUAAAAGAGCCACCAUCUGCGGCAGUUCUGAUCAGUAUUUUCUGGUAAUCUGGUUGAUAAUGAAGAAUGACGCUGUUUAUAUAUUAGCAUAUUAUAGGUAGUCCAGAGGAACGAGGAAUACAAGCCUAUACGUACCUAGGUGGUCCUAGAAGGAUAGGUAACGCAUGAAAUAAGGUCUCUUCCAAGCUAGGAAAGUAGGAAUAGUAUUGUACAAUUUAUUUGAUAAAUAUACCUAAAUUAUCAUUGUUAAAAGAGACGAGAAAAUUAAAUUUGAGGUAAAGGAAAGAAUUUACUUACAUAAGACGUGUCAGCGUUAGAUUUACUUGAAAAAAAAAAAAAAUUGGAGCAUCACUCAUACAGCCGACGCUCAUUCGUCGGUAAAACGUGCACAGGGUAUUCAAAAUAUGUUAUUUCCGGAACCCUAGUGACUAUACUGAAUAUUGUUGCGCCUGCCGAUCAGUCUACCAGAGUCCAUAUAUAAAACUGGAAUUAAAGAUCGAGAAGCAAAACAAGAAAGAGAUCGAUCGAUCGAUCGAUCAUAUACAUGAACUCAGCAAUUUGGGUUUGGAUUACAAGAAAGAGAUCAUAACAAAAGAGUUUACAAGAAACAGUUGCGUUGUAAGACUAGCUGCGGAUCAAAUUGAAGUAUGGGUCUAGUAUUCGGCUGUUUGCAAGUGAAGGAGUCAAAGGUUGCUGUGAGGGAACAUUUUGGUAAGUUUGAUGAUGCGCUUGAACCAGGUAUUCACUGCUUGCCUUGGUGUUUUGGGUACAAGAUAGCUGGUGAGGUAUCACUGCGUGUGCGACAGCUCGAUGUUAAAUGUGAAACCAAGACUAAGGAUAAUGUAUUUGUCAAUGUGGUUGCAUCUAUUCAGUUUCGUGCAUUACCGGAAAAAGUAGAGCAUGCUUUCUAUAAGCUAACUAACGCCAAUGAGCAGAUUCAAGCCUAUGUUUUCGAUGUUAUCAGGGCAAGUGUACCCAAGCUGGAGUUGGAUAAUGUCUUUGAGCAGAAGAGUGAUAUAGCAAAAGUCGUUGAAAAGGAGCUUGCAAAGGCAAUGUCUGCUUAUGGUUUCAAAAUAGUCCAGACCCUUAUUGUUGAUAUUGUGCCUGAUGAUCGUGUCAAGAGAGCGAUGAAUGAGAUCAAUGCAGCUGCAAGACUGAGGGUUGCUGCAAUGGAAAAGGCUGAAGCAGAAAAAAUUUUACAGGUCAAGAGAGCUGAAGCAGAAGCAGAGUCCAAGUACUUAGCAGGGCUUGGAAUAGCUCGCCAGCGCCAGGCCAUUGUUGACGGGCUGAGAAAUAGUGUUGUUCUAUUCUCUGAAAAUGUUCCUGGAGCAUCAGCCAAGGAUGUCAUGGACAUGGUUCUACUGACUCAAUACUUUGACACCAUGAAGGAGAUCGGAGCAUUAUCUAAGUCAUCAUCCGUUUUCAUUCCCCACGGGCCAGGUGCUGUGAGAGACGUUGCUUCGCAGAUUCGAGAGGGUCUCCUUCAACCCGAUUCUGCUCAAAAUUGAAGGCAUACAACUUUAGAAUAGCAAGUACUAUCUGGAAACUUAUUGACUGUUUAGGUUUCACUUAAUAAGAUGCUAGCUGCUCAUAUUUUUCAUGCUUGAAUUUUGGUUUUCUCCUUGGUAACACAAUAUUGUCAUAUUCUUUGUAGUGAAUCCCAUAUCGACAGUCCUCAAAUUUUGGUUGUCUUCUAGUAUUAUGCAACUCACCACGGCACAAAUGCAGAAUGACAACUUAAGCAAGAGUAAAAAAAAAAUAGCAAAAGUUACGAAUGAACGUGAUCAGAGUACAAGGGCACUAUCGACAUUUCCCCAGUCGUCCUUGUUUUCUUGGAGAUGAGGCACCUGCAUACGUUGCCCACGUCAGCGCACA